AUGCAUAGCACUCCUGAGAAUACUUCACGAUUACAAACUGCUGAGACAAACAGAUAUCAUACUGUAGAACAACAGAGUGGAAAUCGUAACUAUAUAGACACUAUCUUUAACAAGGUCAAGAAAAUUGCCUAUAGUAUUACCAAAUGGAAAUACAUGAGUCCAUUCCUACAAAUCGAUGAGAUAUUUGAAAAUGAAGAGUCAUCACAACAGUUGGAAACUAAUAAUUUGGAUACUAGCAACAAGAGUCUAAGUACUAAAUUAUAUCUUGAAUUAAUGAUUUUAACUGUUCUAUCUAUAUGGAUAGGAGCUACUUCUUUAUUGCUUUCCAGGUUUCAUACUUCUAGCUUUGGCGUACAGUUAAAGGUUAUUAGUCUUAGCACUUACAUGAUUUAUGCUAUCUCAUUUGCAUCAGUUAUCUUGUUUGGGUUUAGGUAUUUAAGAUAUUCAAAUAACCCCCCAAUGCCAAUUUCAGAAUGUAUGAUUCAAAAUUGUCAAAAUUGUUUAAAUUCAUAUUCAGAAAAUGAAAGUAACGAUAUAUUGGUUACAAUAUUCAGCUUAUUUACUUUCCUAUCAUUAAUAUAUUUCUAUAUUCUUUGGCCGUCUUUUGUGAAUGACACUUUGCCUAUAUAUCAAUCGAGUUUCAUCACCAUUGUAUUUUAUUCUUUCCUUUUUAUAUUCAGUACUUUAAUUAUGGUAAUAUACAUUGUAGAUAUUCUUUUUGUACAUCCAAUUGACAUUAUUAAGAGAUAA